AUGCCUCGCGAUCCCUUAAUUGGCCUCGUUGGCAAGCCCUCGUCAGGCAAAUCCACAACACUGAACAGCUUGACAGAUGCCACUUCAAAAGUUGGAAACUUCCCAUUCACGACCAUCGACCCCCAGCGCGCAAUUGGAUACCUGCAGAUCGAAUGCGCGUGUAAGCGCGUGGGCGUGGAGAGCAAAUGCAAACCCAACUACGGCUCUUGCGUCGAUGGGCGGAGAAGCGUACCGAUAGAGCUGCUCGAUGUCGCGGGAUUGGUACCAGGAGCGCAUAUGGGGAAGGGGCUGGGAAACCGGUUCUUGGACGACUUGAGACAUGCGGAUGCGCUGGUGCAUGUGGUGGAUGUUAGUGGGACGACGGAUGCGGAAGGCAAGGCGACAAGAGGAUACGACCCCAGUCAGGACAUCGUCUGGCUCCGCUCCGAGAUCGUACGGUGGAUACAAGGCAACCUGAUGGAGAAAUGGGGCUCCAUAAAACGGCGCCACGUCGCCGUCAAAGCCACGGCCGUCGAAACCCUCCAAAACCAAUUCUCAGGCUACGGCUCCACCUCCACCGUCGUAGCCCGCUGUCUCGACCGCCUAGCCCUCAAAGAGCCCCUCCAAGACUGGUCCAACGAAACCAUAGAACGCGUCGUGAACGCCUUCACAGACGAAAAGUUUCCCACCGUCAUCGCCCUGAACAAAAUCGACCACCCGGACGCAGAUAAAAAUAUCGCGAAGAUCGCAAAGAUGCAGGAUCCAAAGUCCAUCGUGCUAUGCUCUGCAAUAUCAGAAGUGUUCCUCAGGAAACUGGCGAAGCAGGGAUUCAUCAGAUAUACGGAGGGCAGCGAAUUCGUAGACACGCGGGAAGACCUCAUCGAGGCGGGGGAUCCCUCAGGCGGAGACCUCAAAGAACUAGACGAGAAACUCCGCACGCGGAUCGAGAAUCUGAAGGACAUGGUGCUGUACCGGUUCGGCAGCACAGGCGUCGUGCAGGUCCUCUCCCGCGCGGCAGACCUCCUCGGGCUGGUACCCGUCUUCCCCGUGCGGAAUAUCAGUAGUUUUACGAGCGGGAGCGCGAGUUCGACGGCGGUGUUUAGGGACUGCGUGCUGGUGAAGAAGGGGAGUACGGUGGGGGAUGUGUAUCGGAAGGUUAUGGGGGAUGCGCCGAUGGCGUAUGUGGAGAGGGAGGGGGCGUGA